AUGCGGCUCGUCAGAGCUUUGGAACUAGGAGAAAUUGCGAAUAGUUACCUGAAGUUCCUGGCACCAGCCAAAACUACGAAUCAGAAAGUGGCGGGACGGACGCUGCAGACGUUGCUACGGGGCGGCGAGUAUGAAGAGCUGGAGGACGUCGUCAUCGCAGAGGGAGAGUUUGUCGAGGAAGAUGAUAUGCACGUGCCAAUCAGACAGCUAAUUCUGGGCAUGACGCCGGUCUUCCUGCUGUUGGCCAGCCGCCACAUCCGAAAUUACAAGACAGACCCGGAAGUGUACUACGACACAGAAGUGGACCCGUUCACGGACGGUCUGGAGCUGUCCGCGGUCUGGCCAAUAUGUUUCCUCCGCAUCUCGUAUUCGCGCGUGAAAUAUCAGCUUACCGUCAACUUCUAUAACAGGAUCAGGUACUACGAGAUGACGACGACGUGUUUCAAUGGCAAUCUAGAAGAGACGUGGGCGCGCUGGGUGGAGCGGGUGGACUACAUCUUUGCGGACCCGUACCGCUACAUCCGGGCGCAGUUCGACGCCGUCUGCCUCCCCUACCCAGAGUACUAUCUGGAACAGGACUCUCAAGCUACCGUGGGGCACGGGCGGGACGGUGAUCGGGUCGCGACACAGAAGGGCGAAAAUGAUGAAAAGAAGAAAACGAAACGAAAACAACCUAAAGAAAAUGCUAAGCUUGAUAACCAUUUCGGAUCUGUUGAAGACAUUGUGGAUGGUAAAAGUAAAGAAGUAAAACGUAAAAAAUGGUUCUUCGGUAAGAAAUCACAGAAGACACGGGUAGAGCCUAAUGGAAUGACCACGUGAUACAUUAUCCAUGCACCUACAACAAAACAUAUCAAUUUCACAAGUCUUACA